ACAUCAGCUGACCUACCGAGCUCUUUUUACAGCCAGCAGAUCCGCUACAACAGAUUCGCCCACAACUUUUCCUUUUUCCUGGCACCUUGUGGAAAACUCAUCGUCCAAGUGCCCUUGUUCCAUCAUGCCUCAAUUUACUCAUUUGGAAAUGUAGGAAAACGUUUUUCUACUACUAUUCAGCACUCCAAAAACGGCCCAAAAGCGGCUGUCGUGACGAAAGUGCAGAGGAAAAGCACAAACUCCGCUAGGGUUGACCGAAGGCGGAAGAGCAAUCGCCUUGGGAAGGGCGUGAACACAUUAAACUCUUCGCAGAACGCAUGCGCUGCCGCAAGGAUGGCUGGGAAUGAUUGGAGGACUGCAGGCCGGCGGGCGGAGAGCUUCGAAGUUUGGUUUUGGGCGGGAAUUAGAACUGCCAUAGAUGCCUGGGAGAACCUGAAAGCUGCAAGUUUCCAGCCUUGAAGGGGAUCAAUAUGCGGCCUGUGCGGCAUAAGAAACCAGUUAAUUACUCACAGUUUGAAGACUCUGACAGCGAUGGUGAUUUUGUUUCUUCAAUGGCAACUUCAAACAAGAAAUCCAGAACAGACCCAAAGGAGUUAAAACGAGAAAAACCAAAACCUAAAGUGAAGAAUCUCCAGGAAGAAGACAUCACACUACAAGAGAAAACCCCUAAAAAAAGGAUGGCUUUAGAUGACAAGCUCUACCAGAGAGACUUAGAAGUUGCACUAGCUUUAUCAGUGAAGGAAACUCCAACAAUCACCACUGAUGUGCCGGAGUCACAAGAUAAAAGUAUUAAAAAAUGUGGCAAUAGUGAAACAAAAACAAUCACUAAGUCUCCUCACAUCUCUAAUUGUAGUGUAAGCAGUGAUUAUUUAGACUUGGAUAAGAUUAUUGAGGAAGAGGAUAUUCAUGAGGUUCAAGGGAAAAGAAACGCAGCAUCUAAAGCUGUGCUGCAACAAAGGAAGAUUCUUUUGGAAGGCAGUGAUGGCGAUAGUGUCAAUAACUCUGAACCAGACUUUGAAACUAGUAAAGAUUCUGAGGAUGACUCUGAUUUUGGUGAGAGUGAAGAUAAUGAUGAAAUCUUCACUAUGAAAAAAAGUAAAGUUAAAGAAACUAAAAAGAAAGAAGUGAAGGUAAAACCCCCAGUAGAAAAGAAAGAGAAGAAACCUAAAUCCAAAUGUAGUGCUCUGGUGACUUCAGUAGACUCUGCUCCUGCUGCCAUCAAAUCAGAAUCUCAGCCCUCACCAAAACAGGCCUGUCUGUCUUCAGAGGCCAUGAGGAAGCCAUUACAAAUGUGCAGUCCUUCAGCCGAGAGCAGGAGACCUAAGUGGGUGCCACCAGCAUUAUCUGGAAGUAGCAGCAGCAAUAGCAGAAGCCCACUGCCAGGAGUGUCUGUUAAGUCUCCAAGUCAGAGUCUCCGCCUCGGCUUGUCCAGAUUAGCACGAGUUAAACCUUUGCAUCCAACUGCUUCUAGUAGCUGAGUGUGGGUGGUAGCAAAGAAACUUUUGAUCAAGAAAAUCACAGUUUCAAGUUUAUAUAUUUAAGUUGCAUUAUUAUUUGAGGAGGGGAUUGUAACAUAAAAGUGUCAUUUAAUAUGUCAUAUAAAUGAUCUCAACCCAUUUUGUGAUUGUUCUCUGAAAACCUGUUCAGACUUCAAUAAGGAAAUUGUAAAAAUUAUCUUCUAAUUGCAUUUUUUUCUGAAGAGCAUAUUCUAUUAUUUCCUUGUUAUAAGUCAUUAUCAUUAAGUGAUUCUCACUUUGACAAAAAAGAAGUUCAAAUCACAUACUGUUCUGCUUUGCUGACAUAAUGUUCCUUACUAGCUUUGUCUGGUUCAUGGCAGUUUAACUGGCAAAGGGAAAAGCUCCCAUUUCCUUCAAGGGACAUUUCUAAAAUCUUAUAGGCUUCUAAGCUACAUUGUCAGUUUUAUUACAAAGAUGUUUCAUAUUUUAGCCAAUCAUAUUUAUAGUAAGAAUUCAGAAUUUUUUACACUGUAAAAUGGUUGUUGUACUAUAUAUAACAUGUGUCCCUACUUAGAAAUAGAUGCUUAUUGUAUAGCAGAUAGAAUUCCAUGACAGUUUAUGAAGGUUCAUUGUCAAAAGCCUUAAUAAAAGUGAAAAAAGUUUGAGAUGCUCUUUUCCUCGUUACCAUCGUAUCCAUCUGUGUCUGAUAGUCUAAAAUUCAUGAGAAAAUGAGAGCUUUUCAAAGAAUUUUAGCCUUUGUGUUGUAAAUGUAAACUGGGGGAAGGUGUUCCUUAAACAUAAUCACUUUUUGUUAGGCAAAUGCUUUAGAGAGUGGCUCUCAAGCAUUUACUUCGUCAUCCCUGUUAUACUAGGUAAUGUAGCUUUUUAGGAAGCUUAGAUCUGAAUUUAUUGUGAAUAAAAAUAGUCACGGAUAUUUUAUGUUGAGAAUUUCAACUAGCUCCUGAUCAUUUUCUAAUAAAAAAAUUUUCAAAUCAUGUUAACCAUUAAAAA